UUCAGGCCCAUCUACUGAAAAAAGGAAAAGAAAAACUAAUGCUACGCCGCCGCCUCCUCCUCAGCAGUGGCGUCACCUCGCCGGCGGCGCCCGAGCUCCGGCGAGCCUUCCGCUCGGAGGCCUCCCUCGAGGCCAUCCGCUCGCACACACAGCCCUCCAAGGACACCGCCGACUCCGAUGGCCCCGCCGCGCACCUCGCGCUCUACAACUACCCCACCUUCGCCGGCGCAUACGCCGCGCUCGCCGCCCACCUCUUCCACCGCCGCCUCCACCGACGACUCCUCGUUCUCCCCUUCUCCUCCGUUCAUCCCUUCAGAGCUGAAGAUUUUGAGUCUGCGGGGUUCCAGACGUGCUACCUGUUGGAUUUCAUCGGGCCAAACAACUUCGCUUUGGAGCUCUCUCGGUUCAUCCCCAGUGUAAUUGCAUUUGAUCACCGGCAAAGUACACUAGCCAGAAUCCCCCGUUUGGGGCAUUGCCCAAGUAAUCUUGAGCUUAACAUUGACACAACAAGGAGCAGUGCUCAAGCUACAUUUGGUUAUUUCUCAAAGAAACUUGCCGGGACAAAAUCUGAUUCUUAUAUUUGUGAGAACCUGUUGGAACAAGAAGAUGAGGAACGGGUUUUUAAUAUUCUCAAAUACAUAGAAGAUGCUGACCUACGCCAGUGGAAGCUGCCAAAUGCUAAGGAAUUUCAGACAGCACUCAGGGAUGAGCGUGCCAAACUGAACUGUAUCACAAAUCCUCUAGUUUUUGAACAGCUGCUGCAACUUGAUGUUUGCAAUCUGCUUUCUAGGAGUAAGUUGCUUGCUCAUGAUCGCCUCGAGGCUGCAGUGAAGCUAAUACACAAGCCUUUCAAGAUUCAGCUUGGAAGAGGAUCGUACGGUGAAUGCCUUGCAAUCAGAGCAGAUGGGAAUUCAAAGUUGAGCCAUGAAAUCAGCUUGGAGUUGAGUCAGAGGAGUGCUGCUGCUGGACUAAGACCUAUCGGAGCAGUGGUCUUCAUGCAACGUGGUCUCCUGAAGGUCUGCUUGAGGACAAUGGACAAUACCAUUAAUACAGCAGAGAUUGCUAAAGCACAUGGUGGUGGUGGACGACAUAGCUCAAGUUCGUUUGUGCUAAGAAUGGAUGAAUUCAACGCUUGGACCUCUGUCAACUCAUAAUUGAUCUGGAGGCUGGAAAUGAGUUCUUAACAAUUCAUGCAGAAUUAGAGAUAAAAGCAUUAGGCUAGAUGCAAGUUUCCUUAGCUGCGAUGAAGAGGCAAAAAGGAGAUGUUGGAGUAUUCCAGGAAAAUACUACUUGAGCUUUUGAAUCUGCUCGUGGAUGUUUGGUUUGCCGCCAUUUUGAACCUUUGGUAAUAUAUUGGCAUCAAACCAAGCACCAAUUUUAUCCAUGUUUUGGUAAACCAAAAGGUUAAAAUGUUCGUUUAACAACAAACCAGCAUAGAGGAGGAAAGAUGUGCAACUUCAUUGGUAAUCCCUGCAACACAACGCAACCAAUGUUCCUUUCAAUUUACCUCCAUGUAAUGUCUGCAUUCUCUGAUGUUUUCAGCAUUGUACAUCGUGCAGAAUUGUACUGGUGACUAGUUUGUGACCGGGUACCAGUUUUGGCUGAUUUCUAGCCGAUCAUUGCAUCCCAGAUUAAAUAGAAAGAUACCUAGAUACCAU